CAGGAAGCUCUCGCGAGGUUGCGGCGGCGGCGGCGCUGUUGCUGUGGUUCCCUCGGCUGGGGCGGAGCGAGCGCUGGCGCCGCGGCCCGGCCCGGCCCGGAUGUUGUUGUUUCUCCCCCUCCCCGGAUAACGACGGGCGCUUCCUGCCCCUGAGCUGCAGCGACGCCGGCUCAGCCUCGCCGGUGGACCGCGGCCGCCUGCCCGCCCUUUAUCCAGACACGCAGCGCGGCCCGGCUAUGGCGGAUUUCGACGAGAUCUACGAGGAGGAGGAGGACGAGGAGCGGGCGCUGGAGGAGCAGCUGCUGAAAUACUCGCCCGACCCGGUGGUGGUGCGCGGCUCUGGCCAUGUCACCGUAUUUGGACUGAGCAACAAAUUUGAAGCAGAAUUCCCUUCUUCAUUAACUGGAAAGGUUGCACCUGAGGAAUUUAAAGCCAGCAUCAGCAGAGUUAACAGUUGUCUUAAGAAGAACCUUCCAGUUAAUGUUCGAUGGCUACUUUGUGGAUGCCUUUGUUGCUGCUGUACAUUAGGUUGUAGUAUGUGGCCAGUUAUUUGCCUCAGUAAAAGAAAAAAGACUAGAGUGACAAAAGUGCUGGUACAGCCCCUGUUCCCCUUCUUUAUGAUGGCACUCACCUGGGAUGUGUGGCACCCUUCGGAGCAGAGACUUGAACCCAAAUUUGCCCCCUCCCAGACACGAAGAUCGAUUGAGAAGUUAUUAGAAUGGGAAAACAAUAGGUUAUACCACAAGCUGUGCUUGCAUUGGAGACUGAGCAAAAGGAAAUGUGAAACGAAUAACAUGAUGGAAUAUGUCAUUCUGAUAGAAUUUUUACCAAAGACACCGAUUUUUCGACCAGACUAGCAUUUGCUUUAUUUAUAGAGACUUAUCCAAGUAUGUUGUCUUUCCAAUGGUGCCUUGCUUGGUGCUCUCCUGGUGGUGAUAUAGCAUUGGUUCUACAGAUUAUUGUGGUGGUUUUUGUUCUUUUUAUUUUUUAAUAACAGCAUGUUCUAAGUGCAUUUUGUCAAAAUUUGCAAAAGUCAUUUCAUGCAAAUGUUAAGUACUACUUAAGUUAUUACUUGUACUUCCUAUGUUUGUUAAUGUAUCUUGAUUUUCAGAGUCUUUUAUAUGUGUGUGUGUAUAUACAUAACAUAAAUAUACAGGUGAAAAUAGCCUACAAGCGAGCAGAUAUUUUUUUAACCCAUAAUACACAUAAUGAGUUGACUGUAAAUUGUGGAAGUUUUUAAUAUUUAACCUGUAUACCUAAGUAACUUCUAUGACCCUCCCCAGAUUUUGCCUGUGACAUUCUAGUUGUAUAUUUUUAUUCCCCCCCCCCUUUUUUUUUGGCCGGGGAGGGGGGGGAAACAAAGGGAAUAUCAGCCAGCCACCUCUACUGAGAUAAAAAGAUAUGCUUGUUUGAAACUGUCCAUUUUGGAACCCAAAUGUCAAUGCACCAUUAGAAGUGUCUGUGCUCUUUUGUGAAGAAAUCUAUCAGCUGGUUCUGAAGAAGUUCUAUCUUAAAGGUUAAUAAACCAGAAUUUGAAGUAUUUUAUUCAGACUGGAAAAAUCAUGGAAAGGUUUGCAUGCAUCUAACGAUUACUAGAGCUCAGGAUCACAAAAAUACAUUAGUAUUGCAACUUAUAAUGUAUAUAUCUUAAUUCAGGUUAAUGCCAUGUAACAGCUUAACUCUUUACUUCUUAUUGUUUACCAGAGCUUGUACACAAGGGUGCAAAAAUAUUUGUUUCAGUAAAUUUAUUGUCCCAAGAAAAUCUUUUCCAGGUUUUUUAGGGCUUUUAAAAAUGCAUUUAUAACCUUACGUAGGCCGUCGUUUGAGAGAAAUCUUGAAAAAUACAGUUCCAGACACAAAUGGAGAUGGAUGCCUUGUAUCACAAAAUUAGUCAAAGCAGGGUACGCUGGACAAUAGUGAGAACUUAAGAAAUGUACUGGAUAAAUAUUUAUUGCACCCUGAUUUCUUCCCAUUUAGGUUUACAAGGUUUAUUUUCUGCACAAAUAUGAUUUUAAAAAACCUGGAUAUGUGAUGUAUGCUUGGGUCAGGCCAGUCCUAUUUCAUUAUGUUACUUAUCUCACUUUGUUGUACAUAUCUUCAUAUAUGUUUGUUUUUAAUAGCUACUCAGUAAUCUUAUUUUUAAGUUUGUUCUUUGUAUGACUGGAAUUACUGUACAUGAACAUUAAUGUAUGCUAAGAAACUGUUACUCAUACAUCUGUGGUAGCAAGCAAUAAUGUGAAUAACUAUGACAAACAAAUAUACUCUGCUUAAUAUUCGUAUGAAUGAAAAGUUGAUAUCACGACACAAAUACCUUUCUCUUUUUACUCUUUUUACUCUUUUAAAUACAAGGUUCAUUUCUCAUUAAUAUAUACAAGUACCUGGAUGUUAUGAACUAUUUUUGUAUACUUCUUCAAAAUAGUUAUUCUCUAUAAAUCUUCACUAGUGAAUGUCAUAUUCAUUGUUUGAUAUUGGGAGCUGUCUAGAAAGGUCAAGGGUUUUCUCUGAAUUAUCUUAAUCUGUGUUCUCUAUAUAUGCUCCAGAAUAGAGAUCUUCCAUUACUUAGCUUUUAUCUAAUGAUUCCUACUCUCUGCUUUGAAGAAAGGAGCUCUUGUGCUUUUUGUGUAAGCUGCAGGUAUGUUUUACUGUUAUCAAAGUUCCCAAUGGACUGUAUAAAAUAGCUCUUUCAUGGACAUAUUGUUGGGUAUCUGUUAUCCCUUCCAGUUCCCCAUUGGUAUUUCAUUAAUGAAGAAGUGUCUGAGUGGCUUAAAGAUUUUCACUUGGGGCAUAUCUCUUAUAAAGUUCUUAUAUGUAGUACUGCCCUGUGUUAACACAAGAGCCAUGACUGCUCAAGGUGUCAAAUGUUUAUUAACCAAAUGGAUGUCAGUCUCAUUUUAUCAGACUUUACAGCUCAUUUUUUAAACUUCUGUAUCACUCUUUGAAUAUCUGUUGUAGAAGUCCAAAUUAGAGUUUUUGUAGAUCAAAAACUUUGGAAAUUCCUUGACAUGAAGGACAAGUCAAAAUAUCUGAAAUGCUCGAAGAAGCAAUUCUCAAUGUCUCUGAGAUGAUUGGGAUGGCUCCAGAGAGACUCAGGAGUUUGGGAUCAUUGAGUCAGUUAUGGCUGACCAAGAUUCUUAAAUCCUCUUGGUUUCUCCUGUCAAAGUAGACCAUUCAUCCAGUAGUAAUUAUAAAACUUCUUUACACAAAUCCCUUAACUUCUGAACAAAAAUAAUAGAAAUUGGAGAUGGAAAAGACCUUAAAAAGUCAUCAAGUUAAUCUCCGUUGUGGCCAGUAGGGAUUUUUUUUAAUAUAAUUUCUAGUGUUUUGUCCAAUCGGCAGUAGGUUUACGUGACUCUAGCAAUGGUUUCAUUUCCUACAAGUCCCAACUACCAAAAUAAAACAAUUUAUAGUUUGGGCAGGCCGCAAGACAGUGAUAAAGAGAAAAGGGAAUCAAAAUGCUGCUCUGUGUUGCAGGAUAUUUUCAGGCUGCCCUUUUAUAAAUGAAAAGCAGUUAACACACUAGACUAGUCUGUGUGUUAACUGCUUUACAAUUAUAAAGGAUAGCCUGAAAAUAUCCUACAAAAGGAAGUAAUCUUUCUGAUUCCCUUUAACUAGUUAACUUAUCAGUCUUUGCUUGAACUGUGAAGGCUGGAUAUGCACUUAAUUAAAAAGAAUACUAAUGAGAAAUCUUAACACAGUAUCUAGUUAUGCCUAUUUAACCUUUAGCGUGAAAAACUGGUGCUAAGGGCAUCAGUGACUGUAUUUGAAAGUUAUUUUAGAUAGUUGAUUUGUAAAUGCAGUUGCCUUUAAUUGUUUGGCCAGGAUUUCUCUUUCUUUCCAUAGUAUAAGCAAAGAAAAUCACUUGUCUCCAUCAUCAAAAGAUGCACUGUAGUUUUUGGGGAAAGGCUCCCAUUCCGGAGGGCUUUGGAUCAGGCCCUACAUGAGAAGUCCUGAUGGUAUAAUAUAUUUACAAGAGCCCUUAACAGUUGGCCAUUGGUUAAGGUCUGAAGCUUCCAGUGGGAUUUGCAGAGUUUGCAGUGAGCUGUUAAUUAGAGGAGGGAAUCUUUAUAGAUAAAAGUUACAUAAAGCUAGUAAGCAUUUCACAGUCCCUUUGGUAAGGGUACUUUUUAAUAAAUUUUACAAGUAAAUCCAAGAGUCCCAGUUAUACUCAUCAAAAUAACUGAAUUUUUCAUUACCAUAUGCUGUGGAUUCUGAGGACUUGUAGUAGUAGAGUUCUAAAUAUCAUAGGAAAGGGUUUAAAAACUGUUUUUCCCCAAAUAGUUACCAAUUUCAAUGUUGCCAACUCAUGAUUUUUAUCACAAGCUCCUGGAGGCACGUGAUUAGGUUAGAGUGUCAGCUUUUUUUUUAAUUAAGUAAAUUUGUAGCCCUCGUGUUUGCAGGUAAAAGUUUGAAUACGUGAACCCUAAAGGCUCAGAAACUAGAAGGAAAAGAACCCUCAAAUGUAUGUAUUUAUUUAUGUAUUUAUUUAUUUAAAAUCAAGAGACAUUUAAACAAAUCUAACUUUGAGGAGGAGUGACUCAUGAUUUUGCAAUAGUUGAGGUUGGUAAUCCUGCAGAUUGCUGAUCCAGAAAGCUUAAUACUGAACAAUUUAAGGAGAUAUAUAAAUGGGACAUGUACCUCUUAAAUCCAGUAACCUGUGCUAUAUAUAUAGACAGCUCUAGUCUACACUUCAAAGCACUGCAUUUUUGUAGAUAAGGGCCUUCUCCCUCCCUGAGGUCAAAUUUUUUAAUAUGAAGGAUACUUAAAAUCAAUCAAGGAUGCAUCCUUGUCUCAAAAGAUGUCUUGGAUUCAUUGUAGGAACCCGGUAGUAUGGAUGGUGCCUUCAGCCUGGCUGGCUUUGGAUCCAUGACUAAAACCAAGUUCUUGCUUAGAUAAUUUGCUUUUGAAAGGACGGUGUUUCAGAAGAGAAAUCUGUAUUCAUCAUCAUUACUAAUUCCCUCCAAUUUCUGUGAUUCUUUCCCUAAAACCAUCCUUCCCAUCCUGUUAAGUGUACACUAUAUACUGAUUUUGUUGGCCACACUUAGGUGAAAAUAUAAUUCCUGAGGCAUUAAUAGGAAAGAUAAUAACAGAGCUAAUAGGCUGAAUGGGCCUGACUACAUGGAAGCUUAUUUUACAAAUUGCUUCCCAGAAGAUUACUUGGACUUUAGUAUGCAUGACCAUUUAAAAUGUAAUCAGCCUGUGGCCAAGGCAGCCCACUUCACUGUGUGGUGCGAGGAUGUUAAACACAAUGAGCAUUUUAGAUCACCAGAUAAGGAUAGAUGAAUUCCCUUGCUGUAAAUGCAGAACCUGAAUGUUUCCAAGAAAGACUAGUUCCACACUGAAAUGCUUUCCAUAUGCUUCCCCUUUCUAUGACAGGUGUGUCUGCAAACUGGGUGAGCCAGGAUUUUCUGGUAAUGAUAAAUGCAAAUGUUCUUUUUGCUGGGAGACUUAAUCAGCGGGUGCCAGUGGGAAAAAGUGCAGUGGAAGCAAAUGCUCUUGCUACUGUGUGAUGUGGCUCAUGUGUGCCAUAUCCUCAGUUAAUGCAGUGCUCUAGUUCACUGCCAGAUUAAUAUAUUCAGUUUUGUUAGUAACAGUGUGUCAAACUUUGGACUUUGUUAUUGUCUACUGAUAUAGAUAGCAUCGUUCUUUACCGCUGGAAUCUCCUGGAAAAGUUGUAGUCAGUGUAAUUUGGUAUGUUUUGAGACUAGUUGUUAAAAAAAGAAUCCUCUGAGUUAUGUGUAUUAAAUUUAAUUUUGUCAGUGUAUAUCCCCACCACAUCACAGCUGGAUGAAAUAGAUUUUUUGUAACCUAGAUUGUUUUGUUUAAUUGAAAGACACUCUUUUUAAAAGUUCAUCCAGGCUUAUUUCCUUUGAUACUGCUUCAUUAAAAUCAGCUUGUCUUGGAGAAAAUGAAGUUACUCUCCCAUUUACCCUCAGGAGUCAAGCAUUUGUGAAAGUUACAAUAAGGCAAUGGUGCAAUCAAGGUAAUUGUAAUAAAUUUUAGUUAGGAAGGCAAGGUGCAAAAGGCUGAACAUAGAGCUUGGUAACAGAACUCUCUGAGUGUACUUCAAAAUGGGUUUCUUUCUGUAUCAAACGGUAUUGAAGGAUGAAGGUUAUGUCAAGGCUAAUUGAAUCCCUUUCCUGAGCUUUUGUAGACAAUGUUCUAAUUCCCACUACAUUUUGGGUCUCCAGUAAGUGCCUCAUUAACCUUUUUGGCUGUGCCCUAAUUGAUAGAGAUUUCUCCAGCUCUGUUAUUUAUGAGAAACACUUCCACUGUAGAGAUAAAGCAUCUUCUACCUUUCUGUUAAACUAGUUUAAAACUUAAGAUAUCUAGCUCAAAUAGGAAUCAUGGAUAAAAGUGGGACAGCCUUAAUUACACACCAAUCUCUUCCAAAGCUAGAGCCUGUAAUGCAUGGUUAAUUGUAUUCAAAGAAAAAUCUUAACUUGUCCAUACAUGUGACAACACAUAUAAGACCCAAGAGUUAGGAUCCAGUGAGGAUAGCUUAAAUUCAGGUAAAUUAAGUAGAUUUUGUAGCUGGGUGUGUCUUACUGAAAUGGAACUGUUAAAUGUUCAUCUUUAAGGGGCAGAUAUAACAUUUUUUAAUGGUUCUUGCAGUUUAAUUUUCUCUUUGUAACAAACAUUGAAAAUUACUUUGCUUCAAAUGUCAAAAAUUAGGAUCAAUCAUUGUAAUCUAAAAAUUUUGUUUCAAUCAUUUUUAUUUUGUAAAAAUGGGGUUGUUAAUCCAUUUUAUAGACCAUGCUUUAGCAACCUUUUAUAAAUCAAAAUAUGCUGGUGCAGUGUAAUUCUAAAAUACUUUAAGGAGGGUCUGCAUAUGGAGGAACUUUCUUAAGGAGCUUUAAAAGUUAAGUUUGUGAUCUCUUAUGUUAUGGUUACAACACACUUCCUAAUCCAUCAGGAUAUGCUUUGUAUAUAUUUUAAAAUAGAAGGUUUUUUUCAGAGUAAAUUAUUUCAAGGAAAUUAGAGUAGUUCAGCAUUAAAAUGUGUAACUUAUUAGAUUUCCCUAAAAGACCUGAAUUUUGCAGUGAAAAUGCUGACCUAGGUUCAACUAAAAUAAGGACAAUUUAUUGCAGAUUGUAUGGGCUAAAUUAAUCUUUCUGUAAUUCAGCUGAUUAAGUGAAGUUACAGAGAGAUACCGUUGACUGUAUAUGGUUAGUAAAAUCCUGUGAAACACGGUUAUAAAUCAGUAAUCCUAAAAAUGACCUAAGAGAGCUGUCAAAUUGGCCAAAUAAACAAACUUGUUAAAAUAACCACACUGCAUCAAUCUAUGUUAAAUAAAAACCAAAUAAAUAAAUUUACUUUACAUUAAGAUUUAGUAGCAGCCUCCCAAAUACCUAAAUUCAAAAGUAAUCGUGAUUUAAGGGUAUCAUGGUAAUAAACAGUUGAGAAUAUUAGAAGGAUUGGAUUGCUGUGACUUGAGGAUAUUAACAUUACUCUUCAGAUAUUUUAAAUCCAGGAUGAGUGACUGAAAGCUUAAAGGCCAGUACUAUGUUAAUGGGGAAGGGAGGGAAAUGAGUGAGGAGAGGAUAAUUUUAAAACUGCGCAAUUGUAAAUAUGCACAUUUAACAAUAUUUAACCACCUCUGCUACUAUUACUGAAGUUAAUCUCUUGUUGAAUUUCACAACUUUUUUUAAUGCAUCAACCUUCUGUAAGUUUUUUCUGACCUGACCCAGGAUUGGAAUGGAUUCCAAUACAAAACCUUUUUAAAGCAUUUAAGUUGUAUGUAUUACAAACUAAUAAAAUAAUUGUGAAGCUA